CGGCGCCCCUGGGAGCCCAGUUCAUUCCAAGCCGGCUCGCCAGGCCAACGGAGCUGGGCGGCGCGCGAGGCUCUCUUCCUGGGAAGGACAGGAGCGCGUCCGCAGGUUCUCGGGCAUAGGAAAAGCUCGGAGCUAACCACGGCCCCUCGGCCCCUGCAAGGCCACCAAGUCUCAGCAAGACUGCGACGGUGCCGCAGCUGACGGGGCUCUCCCGUGAGGGCAGCGCACCGGGUGGCGAAGGAAAGAGUGUCGCUCAACACAGCGUCAGCAGUGGAUUAUCCGGGCCGCACUGGGUUGGAAGGCUGCGCAAUGCGAGAGGAGGACAAGGCCGCGCUCGGUGGUGGCGGCGGCGAUGCGGACCUGGCCAGCGCCGCAGCGCGAGGGCAAGUGGAGAAGGUGCGGCAGCUCCUGGACGCCGGUGCAGAUCCCAACGCAGUUAAUCGCUUCGGGAGGCGCCCGAUCCAGGUCAUGAUGAUGGGCAGUGCCCCUGUGGCGGAGCUCCUGCUGCUCCGUGGAGCGGAGCCCAACUGCGCAGACCCGGCCACGCUCACCCGACCCGUACACGAUGCUGCCCGGGAAGGCUUCUUGGACACGCUGGUGGCAUUGCACCGGGCUGGGGCACAGCUGGACGUGCGUGAUGCCUGGGGUCGCUUGCCCGUGGACCUGGCAGAGCAGCAAGGCCACCGCGACGUCGCUCGAUAUCUGCGUGCGGCCUCUGGGGACUAAAGACAGGCUCCCAGAGGUGCUCCUGAAGACUCCCCCCCCCCCAGUACCCCACCCCAACCUGGUUCGUGUCACCUACAAAUGUGGUGCAGUGCAGAGCCUUCCUAUCUAGCGGGACUCCUGGGAAUGAGAAGGAGCCAAUGAAGAAAAAAUUCAUAGACCUUUUUUGUGAAUCAAUGUCUGCCCUCAACACUCAUUGUGAAGCCAAAUGCUGAGAGGUGGGGCACAUUUAUCACCAACAAGUUUAGGCAUGUGUGAAGUUCCAGGUGUUAAUUACUAUUCAAGAUUUUCUGAUGGCAAGUGCAUGCGAAGUCCUUAGAUCACCCUGGCUGCCUCUGAAUCUUCUUCACAAGGGUAUCCUGCAGUCUGGAGCUGGUGGCGCAGUGAUUAGCAUUUGAGUGGGGGUAAUCAUCAUGUUCCCGGGGCUGGUCUUGGAGAAGCUCCGGAUAAACCCAGGAAGUGGACCAUAAUCUCUGAAAGCUGGAAGAAAUCCUAAGGAUUGAUGAGUAGCUGGGAGAGUUUGAAUGAGUUUCAUCAGGGACCCAAGAUUUCCAGUGCACAGCUCACUGUGCAGGGCACAGAAAGUCAUGCAAAAUAGUACUGUCUGGUAGCACUGGAGACUCGCCCAGCUCCAUCAGGCAACAAAGCGGAAAGCAGCCCAUGGGAAAACAGGUCUGCCCCUAUACUCCGAAAUCCCUGAUCCUUUCAUGAUAUAGAGCAGCUGGCCUGCAAGUACUGAUACUCUUAUUCCAUUAAGGAUUAGUUGACGGAGUUUUCUGGAUGUAGUCAAAAUCAAACAGUAGAAUGAAUAAACUGGUGUAUUUCAAUCUGAGCAGCUGUAGCAGUUAACUUUAGUAAUGUGAUUUAUCUAUUUAAAAUAGGAUACAGAAACUCCCUCCCCAUGAAUUGCCACUUGAAAAGGUUUCAUGAUUCUUUGUACUUCUGAGUUGUUUUUUGUAACAGUGCAGUAAUGGGAACACUAACAAAAUAAUUUGUGGCCCUCAGUAAAAAGGGAGGUAAGAGUAUGGUUUCUUAAUGUAGGUAGGGCCCUGUGAGAAGCUCUUAAUACUAAUGGCUACAUGGCUUUAUCCUAAAUGGUAUUUAUCUCUGUUAAAAGUUAUCUGAUUAUUUCAUUGAUACCUCCAGGAAGUACUGUAAAUAUCUCUUAGAAAAUAGAUGCCCUUACCUAGUAAAUUAUCUUGGAAUAGUUCCCAAAAGAUUGGUGAAAAAGUAGAUGGAACAUAAAACUGUUGAAAAUGAUGGAAAAUCUUAUUAACUGCUGACCAAACUAAGGGUGCACUGCUUUUGGGUUUACUGUCCCGUGUUGCUUAGUUCAUUAUAGCAUUGAAACAACUAAUAUUUCACUGUUUCAAUAAAGAAAAAAUCAUACACCUUGAAUUCUAAGAUAUUUUGGUUUAAAAAACAUAUGCCCUUCAACUUACCACUAACUCCUGAGAAAUGCUGAGAGUUCAAAAAGAUUCACUUCUUUCAUCCUUCAUAAUAAUUAUUGAUAAAUAAUUCCAACAAUUUGUAAAAGCUGCAUAUAUAUUUAUCAUAGGAAGUAAACAUAAAAUGUAUACAUUCACUGUCCUUUUAAGCAUCCCAUCUUCUGACUAUAUACUUAAAAAGAGAAAAAAUGGAAGAAAAAUUCAGAGGAAAGAUCUAUAAGGAUGCCUUUGAGUAAAUUUUACAAAUCUCUGUCAGCAUCUUAUUCCUCGUUGAUGUAUUACCAUACUGGGGAAGGUUAGUUGAGAACCUUCCCAAUAUCUUAUUGGGAAGAAAGAGGUGUUUAUUGACACAUAAUUUGUAUCAAGCACAUUUUAAAAUACUUUACACUUGAAUCUAAGAAAGCAUGGAAUUUUAGUUUGUUUUUGUUUUGGAUUUUUGUGGUGUUGGGUAUUGAACCCAAGGCUUUGGGCAUGCUAGGCAAGCCCUCUGCCACUGAACUAAAUCUCCAGACCAGAAGGUGUUAUUUUAGUGAAUAACAUGCUAGCUGUCAGAGGAUGCACAUUCUAUGAUGUGCAAAAUAAGUCUAUCUGGCUCCAAAGCUUUUUCCUUAAUUUACAAACAGUGGAUCUUCAUUUGCCUCAAACACUUUCAGAAUCUAAGUCAGCUCAUGAAGUCCUCAAUAUCUAAACACUUCCCAUUAGGUCCCACCUCCCAAAA